AUGCAGCAACGUCCCUGCCUCACAGACCUGCCCACCGAGAUUCUCGAGGCCAUCUUCCUGAACCUGGACCCGCUGUCGCUCGUCGCCGUCUCGCAGGCCAACAAGUUCAUCAAGCGCCUCACCACCGAUGCCCCCAUCAUCUGGCGCCACCUCUGCAAGACGCAGUUCAAGACAUGGGACGCCCGCCACCACAUCGCCGCCAAGUUUGCAGCGCCGCUCUCAGACGUCGACUGGCGCGCCCUGUACAUGACCAAGCAUAUGAUUAACCGCCGCACAAGAGACCUGCUCAACCACAUUGUCGCCACCCAGCGCGACCGCAUCCGCUGCAUCAACGACAUUGCAGACUAUGGCUACGACGCCAAAGAGGCCCUGCUCAGAGAAUGCGCCUGUCCAGAUGACGCCGACGAUGUGCUGGCGCGAAGAUACUACGCCAACGCCGUCCUCGAGCGCAUCCAUCGCGAAGUCGCCAUCAAGCUCUGGUCCAGUCUGCAGGACGGCAAGGAUGUGCCUAUUGAGCGAGCCCUGGGCGCAUACGACGUCUUUGCCCGGGUCGGCGAAGAAGUCGACGUCGACGUCGUCUCUGAUGACAUCGGCCAACUUGCCAACGGCUUGCUGGAAGAGUAUCCGCACUUUCGCAACUGGAGCCCGCGAGACAAGGCCUCGACGCUAGCCUCGUAUCUGCGAAACCGGGGCUUCAACGGCGUCCCUGAUCGCUCAUACCGCGCUCUGCGAAACUCCUUUAUUGGCCUAGUCCUGCGCUCGGCCGCUCAUGAGUCGCUUCCUCUGAUCUCGGUAGCCAUCUACUGCGCCGUUGCUCGACGUGUUGGCCUUGAUGCCCGUCCCUGUGGCUUCCUCUUCCACGUCUACACGCUUGUAUACGCGCCCAAGAACUACACGCUUGAUGGAAAAUACAAGCCUACCAGCUCUACCGAGCGCGACUACAUGUAUCUGGACCCCUUCCGCUCUACCUCAGAAGUGCGACAGGGCGACUUGCAGCGUACCCUACGCGACAUGGGCGUACCCACCAGCGAACAUGGCGCUUUUCUGACUGAUACCAACACACGAGAAAUGGUCCUCCGCACCGCGCGCAACAUUAUGAACUCUGUGCAAACCAUCCGUGAAGCUGAAGCCGGUAUGCGCAAUGUCCAGGCGUCAUGGGUAAACGCAAGUCCAGACAUGGACAAUGCAUUCUACGCAACCAUAUGGGCCAUGCUGCUCCUGGGGCCAAAUGAUGAUCCUUCCAACAUAGGCCACACCACCAUCCGCCGUCGCCAGUAUCUGCCUUAUCUGCUCGAACACUUUCAAAUGCACUUCCCGUGGGAUGUCACCUUGCUCUCGCGCUACGUCAUUCCCAUGUUCUACAACCAACCCGAGGGGCAUCGGUUGCUGCAGUUUGUACAGAGCAUGAAUCACGUAGAUUCAAUGCCCAAACCCAUUAUUAGCCGCUCCGAGCGCACAACAAAAGUCGCCUUCAAAGUCGGUCAGAUGUUCCAACACAAGCGAUAUGGCUACGAAGGUGUCAUUACGGGAUGGGAUGUCGUGUGCGACGCAAACGAGGACUGGAUUCAAAACAUGCGUGUUGAUGCUCUGCCGAACGGGAGGAAUCAGGCCUUCUAUCACGUCCUCGUCUGUGAUAAAUCCGUUCGAUACGUUGCCGCAGAGAACAUCCAGCCCGUAAGCGAGCACACGUAUCCUUCAGAGGCGUUACUGAAGCUUGCUGGCCGCCACUUUAAACGGUGGGAUGAUGCAAAUCACUGUUUUGUAAGUAAUGUGCGUGAAGAAUACCCUCAUGAUUGAAAGGAACAAACUCAGCAUACGAAUGGCGUCCUGAUGUCUUGGGGCUUUUUGGGUCUCUAACUUGGUAUUCGGGAAAGGUGUGUUCUUAUGGUUGCUAAAAAGCGUGUGUUGACGAAUAACUUUGUAAUCCUUACUUCCUUUUUGAUUCUCCCCUUAUUCCAAAUUCC